AUGGGAAAGGUAAAGGACGAAGCAUACGAGCUUCACAUGAAUCCUCGUACCGUUGUUCAGUGGAAGAAAUGUUUCCGUGACGUGUGCGCAGAACACUCUAGAAGGAACACACCUAUCAUCGGAGGAUUCGGAUGUGAAGUGGAAAUCGGUGAAACCCUGGUUACUCGGCGCAAAUACAACCGAGGACGCUGGGUAAGUAGACACCAAUGGCUUUUCGGAGGCAUCGAGAGGGGAAGCGGUCGAGCAUUCCUCACCCUUGUUCGGAGGAGGGAUGCCCCCACUCUCCUGCGCCUCAUCACGAAGUAUUAUACAUAA